AUGGCGUCGGAACACACAGUGACCAAGGUUCUGUUGGAAUGGAUCAAUAGCUUUGCCCUCGGCAAGACUCUCCGAGCUACUGAUGAAUUGACUGAUGGUAUCAUUUUAUGGGAGAUCCUUCAGGAUAUUGAUCCUCAGUAUUUUCUCGAGGAGAUCCCAGAGCGCAACUCCUCCGACCAUUGGGUGGCCAAGUGGCAGAACCUGAAGCACAUCCACAAACUACUGCUCAACUACAUUCGGCACCAAAACGACGAUACCUUACCCUCCGGUCUCGAUCCGUCACCCGAUCUCGAAGCUGUUGCAGAAAAAGCCUCUGCCAAAGAGACGAACAAGCUGUUGAAGCUUCUCCUGAUCGCGGCUAUCAGCUCCCCAAACGCCGGAACAUAUGUGCAAACACUUCAGGAGUUGAGCACCUCGACUCAAGAAGGGCUCAAGGAUAUUAUCGAGGAGGCGCAUAAUGGCCAAUAUGAGCCAAUGGACGCUGCGGACGAGCUUAGGGAAGACCUGGCCAAACAUGACCGCCCCGUGGACAUCGAACUGCAGUUCGAAGAGCGAGUUGGAAAGGUGCUUGCGGAGAACGAUCGUUUGACACACGAGAAAAAGGAAUUAGAGAAAGCGCUGGAGGACCUGCACAAUCGCCUGGCGCGUCUUCAGGAGAACAAUGAUACCCUCCAGAACCGCCUCGCCUCCACCGAGGACCGGCUGGUGACCUUGAAAUCUGGAAAGGGGGACAUCGGGUUCAAUGCAAAGGCACUAGAGAGCAAAACCCGUCAACAGGAUGACCUCAUCGCAUCCCAGGAGGCGAAGUUGACUGCCGCCCAGGACGAAAUCGACAGUCUCCGAAUGACAGUCGAAUCCUUGCGUGUCAAGAAUCAACGCUAUCAGAAGUUGCAGGAUGAUUAUGAUGAGCUUCGCACCGAGAAGGAUCAACUGGCACGCAAGGCGAACGCGGCUGAGAAGUACCGGCAGAAGUUGCAAGCCAGCCAAGACUUCGAGAAAGAGAACCAAACCCUCAAGAACCAGAUCAAAGACCUUCAGCAACAGCUGAAGGAAUCAGACUCACAGCAGCGGUGGUCCUCGGAGCGCGAGGUAGAACUGGAAGAAUAUCGCAAGCUUCUACCGCAAGUCGAGCAGGAAUGUAAUGAGAUUCAGAACUUGAAGAAACAACUCGAGUUCAAUAACCAUGCCCUAACGGAGCGCCUUGAAAGCGCAGAUGAACAGCACGAGAGAGACGAUGCAUUGAUUAGCGAACUACGUGAACGUUUAGGCGAAAUAGAUGGUUUGCCGGGCAGCCAAUCUCCUGGAUCUGAGACGCCAAAGAUGCAAGGGACAUUACACAAGGACUUUGAGGCACUCGGUGUCAAAGAGUCCCAGCUUAAAUCCGAGAAUGAUGACUUGAAGCGAGAAAUGGAGUCGAUCAAAGCACCUUCGGCCCCGGGCUCUCACACUGGAGGCUUUUCUGAGAAUUUCGCUGCAUCUGUACAGCUGGCACGUUCUGGUUCCACUCAAAGUGAGGACUAUUGGAAAUUAUACGAGAACUAUACUGGUGCUCUUAGAAAGAUUGCAGAGGUCCAAGACACCUUGGAAGCGGCCAAAAGGGACCUGUCUGAUGCACAAGCUGAACUUGGUCUUGUCAAUAUGGAGCAGGUCGACAUGCUCCGAGGACUUGAAGAGUAUAAUUCAGAUGAAUUAACAAGAAUCCGAGGUGACUGGGAGAGCUUAACACAGAACGUCCAUCAUCUAGAGGCCGAAGUGGAUGCCAGUCAGACCCUGGUGCGCGAGGUCUGCGCUGAACGAGAGGAAUUACGCAAGAUGCUCGACAGCAAGCAAAGCGAGAUCAGCUCCGAAGAUCAGGAAGUGAUGAACGAGAUGCAGAUGCUCUUAGGUGAAUUUGAAACCCACAAUACCGAGGCCGGCGAAGUGCCCCAGAAAUCUAGCUUCGAGCUCUUGAAACAAUGUGCAGGAGUUCUGGAGAAAAAUGUUGAACGACUCGCUCAGCGUGCGGAGUACAUUCAGCAACAAAACGAGCUGGUCAAGUCACUUCGUGAGCGGAUGAAGAACUACGAAGAAAACUUGGAUGAUGGCAUUCCUAAAGAGCGAGAGGUCGAGCUUCAGAAUAUCAUUGAUAGCCAAGCUCGAGAACUCAGCCUUGUGGGCUCGGCUUGGUACCACCUCCAGAGCCGUUGGCAGAACAACAAUAUGACGGUAUCACGAUAUCGACAUGGAGCCAGCACAGGAGAUUCCAAGGGCUGGCUGGCAAAGCAAAGAAGUGCUGUUGCUGGUCAGUAA